AUGUCGAAGAUUCUAUCUGACUUGGACUACACCAAUUUGUUGUCCUGGUUCUCUUAUUUUUGGGUACGAGGACGGAAAUCCAGAAAACUGCCGGCAGGUUCACAGAUCUCGGAGCCCACCAGUCAGAUGGACGUGUUCACCACGGUGGUGACACUAGCCAAUCAGAAAGUGCCACAGGACAGAGUGAUCGACGGGAAGAACAUCUGGCCCCUCCUCACAGGACAGGAGACAGUGUCUCCUCACGAGUUUCUCUUCCACUACUGUGGUACAUGGAUACAUGCUGCUAGGUACAGACCCAGGCAAGGUAACAGUACUUGGAAGGUUCACUUCACCACGCCUAACUGGACCCCAGGGACCAUGGGGUGCUUCGACACCCUGGUCUGCUACUGUUACGACGGUUACGUCACUCACCACGAUCCUCCACUACUGUAUGACAUCGCUCAGGACCCCACCGAGGACAACCUCAUCGAAAUUUCCUCCGACAAAAAAUACCAAGACAUCGUCAGAAGCAUCAAAAGUGGCGUAGACGCACACAGGAGGUCCGUUAGUCCGGCGCCAAACCAGUUUGCGCCGUUGAAGUUGAUGUUUGUACCGUGGCUGCAGCAGUGCUGUAACCUACCGUAUUGUUCAUGUCAGGAGGAGACGAGAGGAGCGCGCUCUUGAAGACUGCCGCACUUAACGUACAACUGUAGAACAGUCCGUCAACAAAAAUCAUGGGACAAUGACAUCUGAAAAUCUGUUAUAAGCUGUAAAACACUAUAAAACGUGUUUUGGGGCCUAUUUCACAUGUUUUAGACAAAACAAAUAGGGUCCUAUGCAUUAACACUGCAAGUCAUCCAAACAAGCUUUUACAUAUAGUGUUAUGGUGACACUGUUCUAGGGUUAGUAUUACAAAUGUACCUGGAUUUGUUAAAUUAAUGCUUUCUGAAAUAAAAGUGUAAAAUGCACUACACAUGAAAUGACAAGGAGAAAACUCUGCCAUUCACUGCAAACAAUUUAGCUCAAUUUAAAUAUUUUUUUGUUUAUGAGUGGGUAAAGUUAGUGGGUAUUGUGUCAAUCCCAAUGUGCAAUAUAGUGAAGGUAACAUAUCUUGUGUUGUAAUGUAAAAUUGUUAAAUUCCUAGUAAUUGUUUGAAAUGGUGUCAGAUGGGAAUAGUUCUUAAUUACAUUAUGAUUAUGAUAUUUAUAAAGAAUACAGCCUUUUUUGGUGAAUCUGGCAAUUCUGAUACGGAUCGCUAGAAUGUACCACAACCCGCACAAAAGUCAUGUACCUUAAUGCAAAUUUGCUAUUUAGUCUGUUGAACCAAGGAGGUUUUAUCUCCUAGGUUGAACUUGACUGUAGUUUGCAUGCUGUAUAAAUUUCCAACCCAUGCACUUUACUAGGUUGACAUUAUUUAUUAUACUUUUCGUCUUUGUAGACAAUCAAUUGUUAUAUUGGAUUGUUAAUAUUGUUAAUUGUUAAUAACAAUUGUUAGUCCCUUUUUAACUAGGGAGUGAGACAUACACACACACCAACAACAAAAGUGUUUCCAACUCACCAGUGCCCCCUAGGGGCCAUGUAUGGAUUUGCAGGAAUAUAGUACAGUACAAUUUGAAACUUUCCAGUACUUGUAAGUUGUAAAUCUGCUUACAUGGUACAAUUGCUGGAGAUCUAAUAACAAUUUUUUAAAUCAAAUUUGCCAGAACUAACAGGGAAAUGAUCCACAUAAAAUGGCAGAAAGAUUAAGGACUUAUCAAAACAAAUGUUGAAAUGAAAAAAAAAACAAGGAUAUAUCAUGACAGAUAUACUUUAUAUUGCAUUGGACUAUGAUUCCUUCCUUCAGUUGUUGGACAUUUAGAAAAAUUGAACAAUCGAACAAAUUUUGGAAGGAGCUGACGAUAAAAAAAGGUAGUGAGGAUAACUUGCAUGUGAUCAUUCUUUUAAGACUUUUCCUUUUAAUCUUACGAGAACCAACUAAUUUUAUUGGUUUGAACUGAACUGCUCUUGCUAACUUUAACAAACAGUGAAGUGAACGUAUCAAAUCAAAGGACCUGCACUUUCUUUUGUACUGGUUAAUUCUACUGAAGCUGCAGUAAGUGUUAAUGGGACCAAGAGUGUAAAUUUGUUGAAGAAUAUUGUAAACUAUGUGUUUUACACAGAAGUGCUUGUACAGUGUGUAUUCAAGAUUAUAUUACUAAACUUUGUGGAAAUGGUUACAGUCAUUGGUAGCUGUAUAUAGUCUGGAAUUAGCUGUAAACGUAUAUUAAGUAAAUAGAAUUGCUAGUACAAAACAUUUUCCCUAGACUACUUUCCUCUCAGGUCCUUGGCACUUGGGGGGUUAAUGUUAUCAUUAUAAUGUUUUUUGCUAUGCCAAUUUAAUGCAUACUGUAUACCUUUGGGACCAAAGUUAACAGUACUUUAGAAUUAGAAUGUCUGAUGUAAAAUUUCUUCCUUAAAUGGAGCCAAUAGUUGUUUACUGGAGUUAUUAUUUGUAUAUUAUAACUUAUUAUAUAAGAAUAUCAGAUUCUGUAGGUUUUUAACAUGGAUGGUGGUAAAAUAAUACAUUUAUGAUGCUGCAAUUACAGUUGCUUAACCAAACUAAAGAAGGAGACUUUAAGUAAGAGACUUUAUUUGUAUCAAACAAUAGUUUGGUAAAGAGAUUCUUUUACAGUUCUUUUAACCUUCCAGAAACAACUUAUAGAACUUAAAGAUGUGGUCAUAAUUUGUAUACAUGUAGUAUAAGGAAUUAUGGUUGUUGUAUUUUGAAUGUCUUUUCCUUGGGUUUGUCAUUAAAGUCAUAUUCUUCAGCAAUGCCUUUUAA